AUGUCGAGCAGGCUGGCGGUUUGCGCGCUCUGGCUGGUGGUUCUGGCAGGCUGGGCAUGGCAGGCUGAGGGAGCAAGAAACUUGACUUGCGGGAAGUGUGUGUUUCAUGUCUCAGACGAGGGCUUGUUGACCAGGGAGGGAAGCAACUGUGGUGCUGGUUGCGGUGCUCUUGAUUUCAGUGAUUCAUGGGGCAUUCGGAAUAUCUCCAACGGGACUUUUGACGGGCUGUCGAGCUUGCAGCAUCUAGAUCUCAGCAACAACGAGCUGUCGAGUCUACCAGCAGGAGUGUUUGACCGGCUGUCAAACUUGCAGGGGCUGGAUCUCUACAACAACAGGCUGUCGAGUCUACCAGCAGGAGUGUUCGACAGUCUUUUGAAGUUGUUCAGUUUAAAUCUCUAUAACAACAAGUUACAGAAUCUACCAGCAGGAGUCUUCGACAAUCUAUCUAUGAUGUGGUCUUUAUAUCUCAACGAUAAUCUGUUGGCGAGUCUUCCUGCAGGAGUCUUGGACGGAACCCCAAACUUAAUGUGGCUGAGUCUCAACAACAAUAAGCUGUCCAGUCUUCCUGCUGGAGUAUUCAACAGGACCUCAGCUUUGAUGUGGCUGUAUCUUGAGAACAACGAGCUGGAAAGUGUUCCUGCAGGAGUGUUUGAUGGUCUCUCCAGAACGUGUUCCAUGUCUCUCGACCACCACGUCCUAUCACUUCUUCCCGCAGGAAGCUUUGACAAGCUCCGGACAUGUCUGAGCCUGUCCCUCUUCGACGACAAGCUGUCCAGUCUUCCUGCAGGAGUCUUCAAUGGUCUUUCGAAGUUGCGUGGGAUAUAUCUGGAAUACUAUAAUCUGUCUAGUCUUCCGUUGGAGUCUUCGACGGGCUCUCAGGCUUAG